AUGUGCUUGAUGAUCAUGAAACGUUCCAUUCCGGAAGCAUUUCGGGGCUCUAUUAUUGAGAGUGAGAGUGCCAAGAAGUUGCUUGAAGAAAUUGAGCAAUACUUUGCCAAAAAUGAAAAAUCGGAGGCGAGUAACCUUUUGGCUAAACUCGUUUCCAUAAAGUAUAAGGACAAAGGGAAUAUAAGGGAGUACAUCAUGGAGAUGUCUCAUCUCGCAUCAAAACUUAAGUCGCUUAAGUUGGAGCUGUCUGAUGACUUGUUCGUGCACUUGAUUUUGAUCUCUCUUCCUACGCACUUUGGGCAAUUCAAAAACAAGAAAAAGAAGAGAGCUAAGGAUGCUGUGGAAGGAACUUCUCAGCAGAAGAAGCAAAAGAAGCAGGAUAAGGAGUUUACCUGCUAG